AUGGAAGCUUUCAAUACUUCAUCAAUAACCCUUCCUUUUCCAUACACUUAUGGCAUUACAAAUGUUACUAAUUUCACUCCUCUUUUUCCUCCUCACUCAACUUAUAAUAAUAUCUUCACUCCUACACUUCCUUUUCCACAACCUAAUAUGCCUCCUAAUUAUAAUACCACCCUCUCAUGUAAUAUGGAUACCCAUAUUUGGACUCGUAUUCCACAACAACUCUUGGAUCGGAUUCUCGCCUUUCUCCCUUUACCCGCUUUCUUCCGGGCAAGAUCCGUUUGUAAAAGAUGGUAUUCUCUUUUAUACUCCAAGUCUUUCCUACAACUUUACCUCAAAGUAUCCCCUAAUCAUCAUUGGUUCAUCUUCUUCAUCCAUAAAACACCAACCAAAAACAUCAUUUAUACAAAUACCAACGACCCGAAUAAUAAUAUGGUAAAUACCCCAUCUUCAUCAUCAAAUACAAAAGCAUAUCUAUUUGACCCGUAUGAGCUUAAAUGGUACACUAUCCCAUUUCCACUUAUCCCACUAGGGUUUUCACCCGCUACUUCCUCAGGUGGGUUAAUAUGCUGGAUCUCAGAUGGACCCGGGUUAAAAAACCUUUUCCUACAUAACCCAUUACUUGGAUCCACAACCCAAUUACCCCAGACGCGAAGACCCAGAUUAUUCCCUUCAAUGGGUCUAUCCAUUACUACAUCAUCUAUUAACCUAAUCUUAGCAGGAGAUGAUUUAAUAUCUCCUUAUGCAGUAAAAAAUCUUACAUCUGAAACAUUCCUUACUAAUUUGGGUGGGUUCUACACAAUAUGGGAUACCAUUUCUACCCUACCCAAACUCUCAAGUUUCGGAUCGGGUCAAAUGAUCCAUUCAAAUGGAAGAUUCUACUGCAUGAAUUAUAGCCCUUUUAGUGUGUUAACGUAUGAUAUUUGUUCUAAUUAUUGGUGGAAAAUUCAAGCCCCAAUGAAGAGAUUUUUGAGAUCUCCAUGCUUAAUUGAAAGUAAAAAAAAGGUUAUUUUAAUAGCUGCAGUUGAAAAGAGUAAAUUGAAUGUUCCUAGAAGUUUGAGGAUGUGGGUCCUACAAAUGUGUGGGACCCAAUGGGUUGAAAUUGAGAGAAUGCCUCAAGAGUUAUAUGCUCAAUUUGAAGAAGUUGAAGGAGAAAGAGGGUUUGAUUGUAUUGGAAGUGGUGAGUUUAUUGUGAUUAUGAUUAAGGGUAUUAAUAAGGGUUUAUUGUUUGAUUUUGAUAAGAAAAUUUGGGUUUGGAUGCCUUUAAUUUGUUGUGAUAAUAAUGGCGGAAAUGAUUUGCAUGGAUUUGGUUAUGAACCAAAGUUGGUUACUCCUGUUAUUGAUCUUGUCCAUCAAUUAUUAGGUCAUCAAUUUUAG